AUGGACGGUAACAACUCUCUCAAACGCAUUCAUCGUCGCCAACAUCAAGACGACGACGACUCUCUCCCCAACACCGCUGACGUCCCUACCGCCUUCGAACUCCACAGCGACCGUUACCUCUCACGCGAGGUCGUAAACAAAUGGGCCGAACGAGAUGCAAAGGAUAUAGUCACGGAUCAAUCAACGAGUAAUAACGAUGAUAAUCCGUGUGUGGGCCGAUGGAAGAACAAAGUGGGGGGUUUUCGAAGAGACUGGGAUUUUUGGGAGUGGCGAGCUUGCAAAGUACCCACUCGGUGGACUCCUGACUCUCCGCAGUGGCAGGAAAGCGGCCUACUAGUAGGGCGAUGGAAGUACCAACGAGCGCUCGAUGCGCUCGAAGGUCUCAUCGUUGUGCGCGUCUUCGAACUCGGGAAGAUGAACCAGUCACAGACAGGCUAUACAGAAGGCGUUCGGCCUGCCGCUAUACGGCGGGCGCUAGACCGUUACAAUGCUGCAGCCCGAGCUAUCAAGCGCCCUACCCUUCAGUGGGAUGAUGUUGUGAAGUAUAGCUUCCUCACCGAGAUAGAUCUAUUACGUGACAGCCGGCGGAAUACGCUGCGUGCUCGCGGGGGGGUGGCUCGCCUCGGUGUCGGGAUCCGCCGUGUCGCAACGUAUUUACAGGACGAAAUGAAGUAUUUGCGCGAAUGCGAAGAUCUCGCUCGCCCGACAAACCCCUUCCUCGCACACCACAUCGCUCGUCUACGUCGCGAGCGCGACAUAUUCGCCGAGCUGCAUACCACACGACUUCAGGAGAUUGCCAACCUCCCCGGCUUUAAUAGCUCCAUCCAGCCUGGCGUCUUCAAGACCCAGGAGGCUGGUGACAGUGCCGGUCCACUCCCCUCCUUCGCUAUGGUAGCAGAGCAUGCUUGUCCUGGUGAUCCGAGCGAUCGCGACGUUGCCGUCGGCGCUAAAGACCUUGACGACAUCAAUGACACCAAUGUCAAUGUUGACAAGGAGGAGGAGGAGGAUUCGGUGCUUGACACCGUUAUUGACGGCGACGGUUACCAGCUCAUGAUGGGCGGGGCGGAGGUCGAUGUCUCUGCGACGAUCGCUGGUGGGAAAGAGGCGAUCUAUGCCCUCAUUCAGGAGGUCGUGCCGACGAAGCUCGACUUCAAGGAGCUCAUCUGGUUUGGCGAGUUCAGGCCCAACAUCCGUAUGGCGGACAAGUUUGGUGAGGGAAGAGUGUUUAUUGCUGGCGAUGCUGCACACUGCCACAGUCCUACCGGCGGGCAAGGCCUCAACUCCAGUGUCCAAGAUUCCUUCAACCUCGCCUGGAAACUCUCUCUCGUCCUCAAAGGCCUCUCCCCGCCCUCCCUACUCACAACCUACACAACCGAACGCCGCCCCAUCAUCGCCGAGAUGCUCAACAUCACCACCGCGAUCCUCAACCAAGCCGCGCUGGGCUCCGACCGCUCCUGGGAGCGCCCCGACAAGCUGCGCAUGCUCGGCGUGAACUACCGCGCCUCUCCCCUCGUGCUCGACGAGCUCUCCCCCGCCGCGGACCGCGCGCCGGUACCGGCGUACGGCGAGGCGGACGAGGCGCUCGCGGGCGCGCUUGUUGCGGGCGACAGGGCGCCGGAUGCACCGGGGAUGGUGGAUCGCGAGGGGCGGGCGUAUAGGAUGUUUGAUAUUCUCGAGCCGGUGAGGCACACUGUGUUGGUGUUUGCGCCGUCAGUUGGCCAGGCAAGGGACGUUGUCGAGGCGAUCGAGGGGAUGGAGAGCAGGAAGGACGUUGUGCGCGCCGUUGUCGUGCUCCCCGCCAGCGCCGAGGUGGAGGCUACCUCUGAGGUGCAGAGUAUGGUGUUGAGAGACGUAGAUCAGUUCGCGUAUGCAGGGUUCCGCGCGAAGGAAGGGGAGAAGAGGGUGGUGGUUGUGCGUCCGGAUGGGUAUGUGGGCGCGGUGGUGAGGGGUGUUGACGGGAUGGAGAGGUACUUUAAGGGAGUCUUCCUUUGAGCUAUGUUGCUGUAUCUAAUGGCCAAUACGAAUAUGUGUAAGUUAUCG